UGACAGCGCUUUCUUCGUAAAAUUCAGCUGAGUUCAGCUUGCGCGUAACAAACAUGGCUUCGAAGAUAGAAAACAUGACUUGAUAGAAAUUUGCAGAAAUAACAAUGGAAAGCAAGAUGAUAAUUGACGACGAAUGCAGUCGCAGUGAGGAGGCUAAUUUGCAGAAGCAGCCGUCAUUUAGAAGAGAUCUAGGCUUUCGACCACAAAAAGAGUUGGUAUAUAAUAAACUGUUACCAUACGCAGACCAGCUCGAUGUCGAAUCGCGAGUAUGGCUUGCCGAGAUCAAAGGAAAUCUGGGACGUGCAGUCAUGUUACGUGAGCUCAAGCCAGGUUGUGUCUUUUGGUCAAGCCAAUUAAAUAUAUAUAUAAAGUUAUAUGGGAUGAAAUUUAGCAAGGAAGAUCAUAUAGCGUUUGUGAAAUUGAUGUAUGAGCUUAUUACCAUACCAAAUUUGGAACCAAAUCUCAUUAAUAAAUUUACCACCACCAUGCUUCAACUGUUAAAGAAGAAAGAAUUAAUUAGUCCUAAUGAGCUAGAACUUCCAUGGAGACCUCUAUAUGAGAUAAUACAUCCUUUACUAAAAGAGAAAUCGUCAGAAAUAUAUCGUCGCCCUUCAUGGUUGAAAGAUAUAUUAUAUUGCAUGAUUCGCUCUAUAAAGAAUUACUUUCCUUUGAAUGCCACGCAAGAAAUAUUAGAUGAGCUAAGACCAACAUUCUGUCCUCUUGAUAAUAAAACAAUGUGUGUAAGUCUUCAGACUUUAGAAUGUUUUUUACCAUUACAACUACCUCCUGAGCAUCAUUCCAUUGGACAUCAGUUAUGGUUUGAAGAAUUUAUGACUCUAUGGAAGGUGUGUCAUAAUGGGCCACUAUGGGAAAACAAUAUGAUGUGGUUAAUGGCAAGAUUGGCACAUAAUAAUAUUGGAUACAUUGAUUGGGAACCGCAUUUUCCCUUGAUGUUCACUAGAUUUAUACGAUGCUUACACUUGCCAGUAACAUAUAAACAGACACAAAGCAACAAAGUUCAUAAACUAGAUACAGCAUCAAUAGCUACAUGGAUAGUGGCAGUUUUGGGAAAUGGUUCAAGUGCACAGAUGUAUUUGGAAAAGUUUUUGAAAACCAUAGAAACAUAUUGUCAUCCAGCUAAUUUUGGAUGGUGGAUGCAAAAAUUAAAGGAACUUCUUGUCAAACUUCCAAAUUAUUUUAUCUUACGUUUACACAAAGAAAGAUAUGCUAAGAAAACAUGGGAGACUCCAAUUCCUGACAAUUAUAAAUUAACUGAUAGUGAUGUUGAUGCCUUUGUUAAAAGUAUGUUACCUGUAGCUAUGACAGCUAUGUUCAAUAAAUUUGGUGUAAACGAUGCCUGCCACGCUUUACAGUAUCUUGCUACUAUGAGACCGAAUUUAGUAAUACCAGAUAUGUUGGAAAGAAUGUAUUCUACAUUCGACUCCUUAACCGAACCACAUAAACUUACAGCCUCAAUGAUCUGUAUGGUAGCUGUUGCCAGACCAAUGGUGCAAGGUUCUAAGAAUAUAAACACAGGUUAUACAUUUGCGGAAGGACCAAUGCACGUAUUACCAUUGCUGUUUUCAUCAUUACCUGGAAUCGAUCCAAAUGACAUUGGAAAAUGUUUCGCCACGUUCCGUUUAAUUUCCGUUUAUGCCACAUUAAUUCCCAUUGUGGAUUCCUCUAGAUCAACUGCGGAUAUGACAGAGGAUGAAAGGAUAAUUUGCGAAGCGACAUCGCGUUUCGAAGAUUUUAUAUUACAAUUUCUGGACAGAGUUUUCAUGUUCAUAGAUUCCAGUUCAUUGGAAAGUGUGCGGCUUGAGAAUCGCGGUAGUAAUUCGAAAAGCAAACUAGAGUCGAUUGCAGAAACGGCGCUCGCUGGUGUAUGCUCGACACUUCUGAUGGAGACUAGCGACGUGAUUUUCAAGAGCGCUUUGCAUAAGUUACGUACAUUCAUGACAGAACGAAUUCUCGAGACAAAAGUCGCAGGUCAAUUGGCAGCAGUCGUAUGCAAGAGUUUUUCUCGCUUUAACGGACGUGAUACAUUGCAUGCGCUAGUGCCUGUACUUACGCAAACCAUCUUACCGCUUGUCAGUGAGGAAGAGGACGUGUUGAAGGAAGAGAACUUGGAUCAUCGCCUUCUACAUGCUAUGCUCAUAUUGUCCGCGAUUGUCGAUACUCCAGGAAAUAAUUUGAUACCACAUAUAGACACGCUGCUCAAGGUCCUCGAUCGCGUUCUACUCUUAAGAUCGACAGACGGAAAUAAACUAGCUUGUCAUCUAUUAAAAUGUAUUCUCUGGUCUUUGUCGAAUAUUACUCCAUGUCAGUAUAAGUCUAGUAACAGAGACUACAACGAUCCUGAUUAUCCUUACAUUAGAGACUGGGGAAAAAGCGCGGAUAUUAAUAACUUCUGCAUCAAAUGGUAUAUUCCUGGCAAAGAAGAGAUUGCUGCUAUACAACGAAUAUUCUCAAGAUAUUUGACGGUUCAAAUUAAUAAGCUUAAUGAAUACUGCAAAGAUUCUAGAACAUUAAAUAGGGAAGAAUUGCUUGCCAGUUUAAAUAUCAUAUGCAGCAUUAUUAGAGGUUCUGAAUCUGUUCUACCAGUUUGGACAGAGACCCCACUUGAAGUAAUUAAAUCUUCCGUAGAGUGGAAUGUAUCUGUAGUGCCUGUAUAUGGAAUGAAUGAGUAUGUUACAAUGCCUGAUGGUAGCAAUGUUAGACAUUAUCUCGCUGAGAUUAUGAGUCAAGUUCAACGAACGAUGCUUGAAAAUGCAGAAGAUAAUACAAAGAGCUUCUUUGUAUUAAUACGGAUUUGGACUAAUUUAUUAUUGGGAAAAAUACGGCUGCGUGAAUCACAUGAUGAACGACGCAAAACUUUUCAAGUCGCCAAAAGAAUAUUCGAAGAUAAAUUGAUAGGGAACAAGGACCGAAUGGGUCCAUUGAUAUUGGAACGUUGUGAUAUUCAACAUGAACUCCGAAUGCUCACGCAAUCGGUCGCAGUAACGGAAACUCAUAAACGAAUAAUAUUAGAGCUAUUCACGCUGGCGAUAAGCAGAUACGCAGACGUGCGUGCGAAAGCUCAAUCCAGCCUCUCUUCUGCUUUCAAAACUUUCCGAUAUUCUUAUACAUUUAUAAUUCCUCAUCUUAUCGAUAUUUUGGCAAAAGAUACCGAGGAAUAUCACGAUGCAUAUAAGGGUGCUCUAUAUAUACUGCACGGACCGCAACCCAUUGUUCCCAUUAUUACAGAGGGAGGCUGGAAUGUGUUGAGAUCAUUGUGGCCAGCCAUCGUACUUUCCAAACCAUCCGAGAAGCUUUCUGUGAUUCGUAUGAAGGAAAGAAUUGUACAUACUAUAAGCAAAUCUUUUUAUAUAAAAUCGAUCGAACUUGAAAUACCAGAUAGGUGCUUGAUAACUGCACGCGAAUUGUGGGAAAGCUUUCCGCAACCGACACUGCCGCAGCCUAAUGAGAUUGAGAUACAAAAGGGCGCGCAUAACUUAAAAGAACUCAAUAAAUCUAGGCUAACGGCAUAUACUGGCUUGCUUGAUGAACUAUUACGUUGUAUACUUGAAGAAUCUCUACAUUGGCGACAUAAAUUAAUGGCGAUGAAUUUUAUACAAGGGUUGGCUCAUCCAAAUCAAACUUAUUCCGCAAAAAUAGUGCGUUAUUUCUUGCAAGCGCUUAUACAUGAUUCUUUGGAAGAAAGAAAAAUUGCUAUUAAAAUGGUAGUAUUUAUGUUGAAACAACAAAAGAGAAAACAUCCAAAAGUGGCAAUUGAUAUAUGCAGUCUGUCUAGCAAGAGCAUGUUAAAGGAACAGGAACAAGGAUUUACAAAAGAUGAAAAGGAUUCAUCACCACAAAGUCGAAAUAUCAGUCCCGGAAUAAGAAAUGACAAUUCUUGGCUUCAGUACAAUUAUGACACUCGUCCACUGACCACCGAGCAAUGGGAUGAAUCUAGAUACGUUCACCAACCAUACGUAGGCUAUUAUGUCUGGCCGAAAAUUCUAGAAGUUUAUGCACCUUCAUCCCAACAACCGUGUCUCGAUAUGGAAAUGCGCGAACUAACGGAUUGCGAGCGAGAAGUCCAUCUUUUCUUUGAUAAUCCACAGAACAUCGAAAAACUCAUAAGUUACCUCAGUCUGGAAGAGAAGAAAGGCAAAGACAAAUUCAAUGCAUCUAGAUGUUUUCUAUUUAAAGGCUUAUUUCGCAAUCAUGGAAUCGUUCACUUGAAACAUUUUCUGCCGCAUUUACAGCGACUAGUGAUAGACAAGCACGAAAGCAGCCAACGAUGCGCCGCGGAAAUCACAGCCGGGAUUAUCAGAGGUGCCAAGCACUGGCCCUUCGAGAUGGUGUGCAAUAUGUGGCAAUCAUUAUUGCCCAUUAUAAGAACUGCAAUCGCGAAUCUAACGGAGGAAACUUUCGUAGAUUGGGGUAUAUGCUUUGCGACUGCGCAACUACGUAGGGAUCCAAAUAGACAUCACUGGCUACUAGAAUGCCUGAUGGAAGAGUCACUUCUGAAAGACUCAGAAUCUUCGUUCGUAGAAUGCGGCCGUCUUUAUAUGUUACAAAGCGCCUUGCAAUCAUGGCGAGUCACAGAAUUACUGCAACGUCUAUUAAUACGCUUGGAAAAUCGAUUACUGACUAAUCCAUUUCAGAACGUUCGUGAAUGCCUGGCAUCCGUGCUGGUUACGGUAUUCAAUGCCAAUUUAAACUUUCCGCAUAGUUCGUCUAACACUGCAACUCCGCAAUUGCAGACUUUGAUUGAUAAAAUUGUACCAAAAUUGAAACAACUUAUAGAGGACGAUGAUACAACUAAAUUGAAUAGUCUAGAUAAAGAAAAGAAUUUAUUAGAAAAAGUUGCUAAUGUUUCAUUCGACGAAUUAAAAGAAAUAUCCAAGACGGAAAAAGAGGAAGUCCCUAAGAGAUUGUUAAAAACUGUCUGCAAAUGGAUUAUAAAUAGUCUAUCUUGUUCGUUAUAUGGUGCAACACCAGGAUUUUAUGAAAUUUUUCCAAUCAUAUGUCAAUUAGAAAGCGAUCAAUCAGAAGCGGAUGAGGAGCUCAAUAAAUUAUGUUUAUGUACUUUGGCAACACUCGCGCAAGCAUUCACAUUGCCAGAUGUUAUGCCAAUAGCAUUGACCGCAGUGAAGACGUUGUCCGAACACUCGUCGUGGUCUGCUAGAUUCACUAGCUUGGAAUUUCUUCAAGUAUUAGUCUUUCAUAACAUGGGUAUAAUUCUAAGUAACGUAUCAUGGAUGAAUUGCAUUAAGAAUAUCGUUCUGCAAUUACUAGAGGAUGAACGUUUAGAGGUCAGGGAGAAAGCUAGUCUAGUACUCGGUGGAUUGUUGCAUUGCACAUUCAUCACGGAUGUGGAAGAACUAUUGGAGGAAUUCAAGAGAAAGGCGAGAACGCGAUUGCAUAAGAAAAAUAGCCAAACUGAUAAUGCAUCGAGAAAUACAGAAAAGAUCGAUGCGAUACGUAUACGUCAUACGGGUGUACUCGGACUAUGCGCUUUCAUUCACGCUCAUCCAUAUGAUGUGUCGAAAUAUAUGCCUUCAGUCUUUGAACACCUUGGCUCUCAUAUGAAUGAUCCGCAACCCAUACCGAUGACAAUAAGAAAAACUUUGAGUGAUUUCAAACGAACACAUUAUGAUGGCUGGACAGGAAUGAAUGGUCACGCGCAACACUUUACAGAAGAACAAUUGGCUGUCCUACAAGAUUUGACGGUGCCACCGCCGCAUUAUGCUUGAGAAAGAAAGAAAGAGAGAAAGAAAUCGGGGAUUAAAUUUUAUAAUACAAUAUACAGUAUGGCAAUUUUGCAUAUAAUAAAAUUGACAAUUGAAAUAUUAAUUACAGUGCAAAUCGUCUCCGAAAAAAUGUAAUAUGCUCAUUAAAAAUCGAAUGACA